AGGGUGAUGAUGAGUUUCGUCGGUGAUGGGAUGACUUUGGCUCUACUUACGGGCAAGGAAAUAGGCGGCCCAGGAGUCAGCAUCAAAGAAGAGCUCAGCGAAGAUGUCAUUGAAGAUACAUGCCUUGAAAUAAAAGAGGAACCACUAGAUGGGGAUGAAGGGAGAAAUGAUGUGUGUAAUGUGAAUAUAAGGCAUGAAUGUCAUUUCUAUUAUGAUCUUCAUGAUCUAAAACAUGAGUUACAUGCAAAAGACUCGAGUAACUUGGUUCACAAUUGUAAUGACAUGUCAAAAGUGUCAUUUAGGGCUAAGGACUGUGGGAAGACGUAUUCAUCAGAUGGGGUUCAAGUGAUGUAUGAAGAAAGACAGAAGGAGGAUGCACAACUAAAAGUGGAAUCCAAAAGGAAAUGUUUUGCAUGUGAGGUGUGUGGAAAGGAAUUGUCACAAAAGAGUCACAUCAGCAUUCACAUGAGAGUCCACACAGAGGAGAAGCCAUAUAACUGUGAAAUUUGCAACAAUACCUUCUCACGAAAAAAUAAUUUGGUGAGACAUAUGAGAAUACAUGCAAGUAAGAAGCCAUACAGCUGUGAGAUUUGCAAUAAAGCCUUUUCUGAGAGAAGUCAUCUUGUAAAGCACACUAGAGUACAUACAAAGGAGAAGCCUUAUAACUGCAAGAUUUGCAACAGUGCAUAUUCAAGAAAAAAUAAUCUGGUGAGACACAUGAGAACACAUACAAAGGAAAAGCCAUACAGCUGCGAGAUUUGCAAUAAGGCCUUUUCUGAAAGAGGUCACCAAGUAGCGGCAUUAGAGUACACACCAAGGAGAAGCCAUACAGUUGUGAAAUUUAUUAUGGCGAAUCAGAUGAGAGUACAUGAGAAAUAUUUAUUUGGGCAAACUUGUGUCACUGAUCAGGGCAGUCAGCAGCUACUCCUGGUUAUAGCAUUUAAGGAAGCUGCUCCUCUGCCACUUAAUAUGGUGAAUGGAAGUUGUUGGCCAUUUUAA